AUGAGCGUCGUGGCCUGUGAGUGCCCUCCUGGCCCUGGCCCGGAGCCCGAGCCCUGCUCUCGAGCACGGUCCCAGGCUCGAGUGUACCUGGAGCAGAUUCGCAACCGGGUGGCUCCCGGGGCAGCUGACAUGACUAAGCACGACUACCUGGUGGACGCAGCCACUCAGAUCCGGCUGGCCCUGGAGCGUGACGUCAGUGAGGACUAUGAGGCCGCCUUCAACCACUACCAGAACGGCGUGGACGUUCUCCUCCGAGGCAUGCAUGUCGACCCCAACAAGGAGAGGUGUGAGGCUGUCAAGCUGAAGAUAACCAAAUACCUGCGGCGGGCGGAGGAGAUCUUUAAUUGCCACCUGCAGAGGACACUGGGCAGUGGAGCCAGCCCUGAUGAGGGUUUCAGCAGCUUGAGGCUCCGGCCCAUCCGCACGCUGAGCUCUGCCCUGGAGCAGCUGAGGGGCUGCAAGGUGGUCGGGGUCAUCGAGAAGGUGCAGCUGGUCCAGGACCUAGCGACUGGAGGGACCUUCGUGGUGAAGGGCCUGUCCAGGUGCCACGUGGCGAGCCGGGAGCGGCUGACCAUCAUCCCGCACGGUGUCCCCUACAUGACCCAGCUGCUGCGGUACUUUGUGACUGAGGACUCCAUCUUCCUGCACCUGGAGCACGUGCAAGGAGGCACACUCUGGUCCCACCUGCUCUCCCAGCCGCACCCCCAGCAGUCUGGGACGGGGUCUGGCUCCAGCCUGGAGAAGACGAAGGUUCCGCUAAACUCCCACCUCAGCCUCGGGACCCCGGCUCAGGUGCCCCCGGGACACACCCGCCUGCAGGACGGAAUCCCUCUGAAGCCUCCGUGGACUUCUCAGAGCCCCACCCCAGCCAGGGGUGCGGCAUUCGUUACACCCCAGAGAGAGGCUGGGGGUGAAACACCAGCCAGGACGAGCACCGCCUGCUUCUGGGACCUUCCAAAGGCCCCCGGUGGCCGCCUGCCAUGCCAGGCCAGGCGAGGACCUGGCCGGAGCUCAGAGCCCACGCCCCCUUGGGGGCUCCCUUGGGUUCGGGCCGGGGCCAGCCGGGUGCUGGGGGGCUGCAGCCGAGGCAGAGGUCCGAGCCACCCCUCGGCCUCUCGAGGGGCCAGCCCGGUGCCCGGCGGGGGCGCCUGGAGUCUGAAGGAGGAGCAGGUGAGGCAGUGGGCAGCCGAGACGCUGCUGGCCCUGGAGGCGCUGCACCAGCAAGGGGUGCUGUGCCGGGACCUCAAUCCCCGGAAUCUGCUCCUGGACCAGGCCGGCCACAUCCGGCUCACGUAUUUUGGCCAGUGGUCAGAGGUGGAGCCCCAGUGCUGCAGGGAGGCUUCGCGAAAACUCUACAGUGCCCCAGAGGUCGGUGGGAUUUCGGAGCUGACCGAAGCCUGCGACUGGUGGAGCUUUGGGUCUCUCCUGUAUGAACUGCUGACCGGGACGGCGCUGUCCCAGAGCCACCCCUCAGGAAUCCAGCCCCACACCCAGCUGCAGCUGCCAGAGCAGCUCAGUGGCCCGGCGGCCUCCCUGCUGACUGAGCUGCUGCAGUUCGAUCCGGACCAGCGCCUGGGCACUGGAGGAGACGGUGUCCACAAGCUCAAGGCCCACCCCUUUUUCAGUUCCAUCCAGUGGAGCAAACUGGUGGGGUAG